AUGCCGCCAGACGAGAUCAGCUUCAAUGAACUCCUGGGAGCUUUUGCUGCGGCUGUUUCCUGGCAGCGGGCACUGGCAGUACUCCUAACGAGCUCCAAAUGUGGCACUGUUGGUUUCAACAGCGUUGCCAGAGCCUGCCAGAGGAGUGGACAAUGGCAGUUGGCAUUGUGUGUCUUCUCGCUGCUACCCACCACCCGGACAUCGCCCGAUGUGGUUUCCUACGGCCUCAUGAUGGAUGCCCAGUCUGCAGGCGGCCAUUGGGAGAUGGCUGUGGACACCCUACAGCAGAUGCGUGGGACGUGGCCAUUGCCCCAGAUCUGCUGUGCAUCUCGGAGGAACUUACGAAUGCUAGGCUGCACGAGUGCCAUCAAAGCUUGUGCGCAGCACGGCCAGUGGGAAGCAGCGGUGUACGUGCUGGUCGACAUGAGCAGAGAACAGGUGUGGACGGGAGUGGUCGUCAUGACCUUCCACAGCGUUGUGAGCCUUGUUGCAACUGCUGCCGAGGUGUUGCCUGACCUCGUUAGCUACACCGCUGCCCUUCGUGCAUGUCCUUGGAGGGCUUGGCCCUUUGCGGUGGACCUGAUUCGAAGGUUGUCACAAUGUCUUACUCCAGACAUCAUCGCCUUCAAUGCAGCACUGGUUGCUGUCUCGGGCUCUUGGCGAGCUUCUUGUCAGCUGUUGCGGCAGAUGUGCACCCAAUCCAUUCGUCGUGACAUCAUAACAGGGAGCAUGCUGAUCUCUGCGUUCAGCUCUGGCAGCAUGUGGCCUCUUUCCUUUCAAGUUUUGCUUUGGUCUCGCCGACAGUCUUCUUCUGCGCUGGGUGCUCUGCCAGCCGAACACUGGCGUGUAACGCUGCAGCAGCAGCAGCUGGUCCCCCAAGAUGUGGCAACACACAGCAUCCUGAUGAAGUCCUUCUCAAAAGCCGAAGAGUGGCCUUGGUCUUUGUAUGCUUUCGACAAGAUGGAAGCCACAUCGGUGUCUUGUGUGCAAUUGGUGCAGCCCGAUGCUAUCAGUUGGCAGAACAAGCUGGAAGUUCUGCAGAAGACCGGGCAAUGGGCCGAUGUGCUCCGAGUGGCCAGGGAGUGCAGCGAGAUGGCGCAAGCUGACGCGGUGUUUCCGGCAAUUGGCACCAUGGCCAAGCAGUUGGUGGAGGAUCCCGUUGCGAUCCAUUCUGGCCUGGUGCACGCGCUGGGUGCGCUGGAGCAAACAACUCCCCAGGACGUGUCCUCUUUCUGGUGGUCGUGUGCUAUGCUUGGUGCCGGGGCCGCAGCAGACCCUGGUGCACUGAUAGCACCUCGGCUGCAGUUUGCAAAUGGCCCAGCCUCGAGCCUUCGGGAGCUGCCGCGGAUGUCUUCCGAGGGUCUGCUUGCGACCGCCUGGGGCGCCUCCGCCUCCGCCUUCGGCUCUGCAGGUCUCCUGCUGCAGAUCCAAGAGGAGGCGACUCACCGGCUGCAGCUGGGACUUCCCAUGCCCACUCCCGACGUCUUGGGUAUCAUUGCGGCCUGCAAGUUCGCUGGCUGCGUGCGCGCUGGCUUCCAGCAGGCUGUGGAAAGGCAGUUGCGAGGCUGCGUCGAAGAAGUUGGUGGCACUUCGUUAUCCAGCGUGAAAGGCAGCAAACGCAUGGAGGGCUUUCAGGUAGUGAUGGAGAUGACAGACCGGGCGGUGCUCUUCAAGCCUCCGGGCUGGGAGGUCUACGAUGGAAACCUUCAGAAGCGGCAGUUGAGAGCCUUUGCGCAGGAGACGUGGGGGGAGAGCAUUCUGAGGGAUCCCUCUUGCAACUACGGGUUCCUUCAUCGCUUGGAUGUUCCGAACUCGGGCCUUCUGCUCGUAGCCAAGUCUCAUCGGGCCUACUGCGACCUCCAGGUACAGCUGUCCGCUGGCCAGCUCGUCCGGGAGUACCUUGUCCUCUCCCGGGGUCGGGCGCCAUGUUCAUGGCGGGCCGUCACGGCAUCGGUGCAGCGGGGCGCUGGGGAUGUGCGCAGCCGUUGUGGGGGUCGUGGUCGGCCCAGUGCCACGCAGCUACGGCGACUCGGAUCUGCGACGGCGCAAAUCGGUGCCACCAGCCUCUUGAAGCUGCGCAUAGUCACUGGACGGCAGCACCAGAUCCGCUGCCACCUUGCGCAUGUCGGGCUGCCGACCGUUUGCGACGCCCUGUACACCAGUCUGCGCACUUUUGAAGCGGACCUCAGCUUCAGCCCUCGCAACUGGCUCCAUCGAUACUGCCUGGCAUUCCUGAAUGCUGCUGGCAGAGAGUGCGAGGUGAUUUUGCCGAUUCCGCAUGAUCUGAAGAUGUCCCUCGAUGCUUUGCCGCAGCUGCUGCAAGCGUACCGGCUCUUCGUUGAGUCAGCGGCAGAAGGCGUGUAG